AUGUUGUCCCGUUAUACUGCCGUCCGUGCUGCGGCCAGAACGCUCGCCAAGGCGAGCGCUUCGCGCGCCGCCACUGGCGCCGUGAGACCCGUCGCUGCGGCCAUGAUCGCUGGAUCCAGACGCUGCGCGUCGGCCAAGGCCCAGCCAACUGAGGUAUCCUCAAUUCUCGAGGAACGCAUCCGUGGCGUGUCCGAAGAGACCAAUCUCAACGAGACCGGUCGCGUGCUAUCCGUCGGUGACGGUAUCGCCCGUGUGUUCGGUUUGAACAACGUGCAAGCCGAAGAAUUGGUUGAGUUCUCGUCCGGUGUCAAAGGUAUGGCUCUGAACUUGGAACCCGGUCAAGUCGGUAUCGUGCUUUUCGGUUCUGACCGUCUCGUCAAAGAAGGCCAGGUGGUGAAGCGUACCGGCCAAAUUGUCGAUGUGCCAGUGGGACCCGCCAUGUUGGGUCGUGUUGUCGAUGCCCUGGGGGCUCCAAUCGACGGUAAGGGUCCAAUCCAAGCCGUUGGCCGUUCUCGUGCCCAAGUCAAAGCUCCUGGUAUCUUGCCAAGAACAUCUGUGCACGAACCAGUUCAGACCGGUCUUAAGGCCGUUGACGCUUUGGUGCCAAUUGGUAGAGGCCAAAGAGAAUUGAUCAUUGGUGAUCGUCAAACCGGUAAAACCGCCGUUGCCAUUGACACCAUUUUGAACCAAAAGAGAUGGAACGAUGGUUCCGAUGAGUCCAAGAAAUUGUACUGUGUCUACGUUGCUGUGGGUCAAAAGAGAUCUACUGUUGCUCAACUUGUGCAAACUUUGGAACAGCACGAUGCUUUGAAAUACUCCGUCAUCGUUGCUGCCACCGCCUCCGAGGCUGCUCCUUUGCAAUACAUUGCUCCUUUCACCGCCGCCGCUAUUGGUGAAUGGUUCAGAGACAAUGGCAGACAUGCCUUGAUUGUCUACGACGAUUUGUCCAAACAAGCCGUCGCUUACCGUCAACUGUCUUUGUUGUUGAGACGUCCUCCUGGUCGUGAAGCUUACCCAGGUGAUGUUUUCUACUUGCACUCCAGAUUGUUGGAGAGAGCCGCUAAGAUGUCCGAAAAGAACGGUGCCGGUUCUUUGACUGCCUUGCCAAUCAUUGAAACCCAAGGUGGUGAUGUUUCCGCUUACAUUCCUACCAACGUUAUUUCCAUUACCGAUGGUCAAAUCUUUUUGGAAGCCGAAUUGUUCUACAAGGGUAUCAGACCUGCCAUUAACGUUGGUUUGUCCGUGUCCCGUGUCGGUUCCGCUGCCCAAGUUAAAGCUAUGAAACAAGUUGCUGGUUCUUUGAAAUUGUUUUUGGCUCAAUACAGAGAAGUCGCUGCUUUCGCCCAAUUCGGUUCCGAUUUGGACGCUUCUACCAAACAAACUUUGGCUAGAGGUGAAAGAUUGACUCAAAUCUUGAAGCAAGCCCAAUACGCCCCAAUGGCCGCUGAAGAGCAAGUUCCAUUGAUUUACGCCGGUGUUAACGGUUACUUGGACAAUGUCGAAUUGUCUAGAAUUGCCGAGUUCGAGAGCACUUUCUUGCCAUACUUGAAGUCUAACCACGAAGAAGUCAUUUCUGCCAUCAGAGAAAAGGGUGAAUUGAGCAAAGAAUUGUUGGCCUCUUUGAAGUCUGCUACCGAAUCUUUUGUUUCUACUUUUUAA